UCGGGUCACUGCACUGUGUGGGUGAGCAGCCGUGGAGAAUCAUGUUGACAACUGCCAGUCGUUACAAUCUUGUAUUUUCCACUUGGUCUUCUGCACGUACCUUCUCGGGACGGCUUCGGCAGUCUGUUGGUGCUCCGGGAUGUGGAGUUUUAAGUAAUAGUCUCAACAGAAAAUACUCCGGGAAACGCUUAAAUGUUCCACCAAGCGCCGAGUUUGUUGCGAGAGUGUCCGGAAUCCCCACAAUGGCCAAACUACCUUACCGGGACACCGCGGACGGCCUGGAUGCAGCCUUCAUUGGAGUUCCGAUUGAUACGGGGACCUCCAACCGACCCGGAGCGAGGUUUGGUCCCCGGCAGAUCAGAGUGGAAUCAGCCAUGCUGAGAGCAUAUAACAGUGGCACCAGGGCGGCUCCUUUUGAAUCUCUGGUGGUGGCUGACAUCGGGGAUGUAAAUGUGAACAUGUAUGACCUGAAGGACACAUGCAGACGCAUCAGGGAGGCCUAUCAAAAGAUUAUGGCCUUUGGCUGCAUUCCUCUGACUAUGGGUGGUGAUCACACAAUUACAUAUCCAAUCUUGCAAGCUGUUGCAGAGAAGUAUGGCCCGGUUGGGCUGAUCCAUGUGGAUGCUCACUCUGACACAAGCAAUGUGGUCUUGGGGGAAAAGAUUGGCCAUGGGACCCCGUUCCGGCGAUGCGUUGAGGAGGGCCUGCUGGACUGCAAGCGAGUGGUACAGAUCGGCCUGCGAGGUUCAGGCUACUCAGCUGACUCGUACGAAUGGAGUCGGGCACAGGGGUUUCGGGUGAUACAAGCAGAAGAAUGCUGGUUCAAAUCACUGGCACCUCUCAUGGCUGAGGUCAGGGGUCAAGUCAGCACCGGCCCCGUGUACCUCAGUUUUGACAUCGAUGCUCUGGACCCGGGUUUUGCCCCUGGAACAGGAACACCAGAGAUUGCUGGGCUCACUCCUAUACAGGGUGUGGAGAUCAUUCGAGGCUGCCGUGGACUAAGCCUUGUGGGAUGUGAUCUGGUUGAGGUGUCUCCUCCCUAUGAUACAACAGGAAACACUGCCCUGACAGGUGCCAACCUCCUCUUUGAAAUGUUGUGUGUCCUCCCAAAUGUGAAAUACUACUGAUCCUUAGUACCCUAAGCGCUUAUUCAGCAUUAUCAAGAUUAUCAAGAAUAUUUUCAUAUAUUUUAAUUAUAUGCGAGCAAGGUUUUAUGUACAAUAUAAGGGGAGUGUCACGUGAGGAUACAGGUGAAUGUUUAAUUAAAAACAACAUAUUUAUGUGUGGGCUUCAUUUUGCUUGAGUGGUUAGCGCGUAGGCUACACAGCUAGGAGACCCAAGUUCGAUUCCACCCUCAGCCAUCUCUAUGUGGAGUUUGCAUGUUCUCCCCGUGCAUGCGUGGGUUUUCUCCGGGUACUCCGGUUUCCUCCCACAUUCCAAAAACAUGCUAGGUUAAUUAGCGACUCCAAAUUGUCCAUAGGUAUGAAUGUGAGUGUGAAUGGUUGUUUGUCUAUAUGUGCCCUGUGAUUGGCUGGCGACCAGUUCAGGAUGUCUCGCCCAAAGACAGCUAGGAUAGGCUCCAGCACAAAUGAAUUGAAAUAUUUGUGUGUAUUUUCUGACAGUAUGACUCAUUUUAAAAGGUGUUUGUGUCAAAUUGAGUACAGAAGUCAAAGUCCUUGAUCCACUACACUGUUUGGCUUUGUUGUACUUUGGUACUAUUGGCUCGUUAUAAACUGGACAUGAGCAAGAUAAGCAUAUGCCAUUUCAAUUAUUUCAAGUUGUUCAAAAUCCCAUCAGAUUUUUCUGGAAAUGAAUAGUCCUUCUGUCUCUCACUGGGGUUCUAAAGUGUGUCCAGCUGAAAAGGGCGUUGACCGUAACUUGGCCGAUGUCUUGCUCAUUUAUCACAGCUGCUUCCUGCAGCUGCAGAGUCCUGCUCAAGUUGAACUCUACCACGACAUGCACAGUGUUUGCUGAUGUUAAUGCACAGAAGCGGCCGGUGACGUCUUCCA